AUGGCCUCAGAUCAUCCGAUUCCCAUCAACGGCUCCCUCAAAGUUCGACCUGACCUCCCCCUGGGCAACGGCUCCGACGAAUCCAACAUCGGUGGCAAGAUAUUCCGCUGGAGUACGAAGCAGGACAGGCUCGCGAAGCUAAAACUUGACGCGCACGAGAACAACAAUGCCAUUUGGUCCAUCAAGACUGCAUCGGACAUCUGGGAGAACUUUGCUAUGGCGAUGGACACAUGCUCCAAGUCUACUACUCCAAAGACUAUGAUACGCUCAAGACGGCUCGUUGCCAACGACAACAGCGACAGAGGCGGAGAAAAAUACGUUUCGCAUGGGCUCUCGCCACUGUCAUAG